AUGAAAAGGAAAACUGAACCAGCCUGUCCAAGCACAAUCGACAAUGUCUUCCAGGAUCAGUCCCCUGCCCAGAGGCAGGCCCCCAGUACCACUGGAACACCAGCAUUAGAUACUGUCUUGGUCCAUUUGGGCCAUGACUAUAAGCUUAUAAGCAACAGAAAUGUAUUUCUCACAGUUCUGGAGGCUGGAUGUCUGAGAGCAUGGUUGAGUUCUGCUGAGAGUCCUCGUCUGGCUUGCAGACUGCUGUCUUCUUGUUGCAUCUUCACACGGAGGAAGGCAGAGACAGGAAGCAAUCUCUUUCAUGACUCUUAA